UGAAGCGUGUUCUGCAGCCUUCUUACCCAAGGAAGAUAAGAACGGUGAUAAUCCGGAGCUGUGCUCAUGCUUCCUACUUCCUGACGGGGCCCUAGCCUGAGGUGGAGCUAACAAACAUGAAACUGCUGGACAUGACAUGAGAAAUUGCUGGCUGUGAGAGGUGACAUUGAGAGAGCCAGCAGAGGAAGGUCUCUGCCUCCAGAAGCAAAUGCCAGUAAUCCCAGCUCAGCUGUGACUGUGCUGAUAAGAAGGUCUGGAGAAGGAAGUGAGAAGUUACGAGAUGCUACUGCAGAGGUCCCUGUGUAGUUAGUCUGGCCUAUUAGGUCAGCUGUCCCGUGCUCUUCAGGUUUUGCCAGGUUAAAAUAUUCCAAAACCACACAAAUUCCAAUCUUAAAUGGAGGUGACUAAAUCAGAAGCAGAAGGCCACAAAGGAAGCUGUAAUAGAAAAACCAUUCUCUGGAACUCUUUUCUAGAGCAUCAGUUCUGUCUCAUCCUGCAGUAAAGAGCAGCAGCUUUCCCUGGGGUGGACCUGUGUCCAUGCACACAGCCCAGCCCUCGCCUGCCACCGGACAGAGCAGACCACGGCACGUAAAGAAGAGCCCGAGGAGCUGGGGUGCCCCCUGAAACUUUCUCCCCGAUCUCUGCUACGGGGUGUGUGUCUGUGUGCCAGGGAGGGGGGAGAGAAGGAGACCUAGUGCAAAGGAGAGCAAGCGAAGAAGCCAGGAGAGAGAAGGAAGCUUGCUUCAUGCACUGCUGAAGACUGUCAGAGGCAGAACGCACCAGCAGCUCACUGGCUGGGGUGCAAUUUAAGGGACGCCGUUUAUUGACUUGAUUCAUUAAACUGCUGAAGGACAGAUAUGACAUCUGACUGCUGCUUCUAUAUAUUCUUGCUUAUUGGAACAAAGGUCAUCCGUGACUCUUUGGAAGAUAACGUUUCUGGAGGCGGUGUCACCUGCCCCCUGGGCUAUUUUCCAUGUGGCAAUAUCACCAAGUGCUUGCCCCAACAACUUCACUGUAAUGGUGAGGAUGACUGUGGGAAUCACGCUGAUGAAGACAACUGUGAAGACAACAAUGGAUGGUCUCUACAAUUUGACAAGCAUUAUGCAAAGGACAAGUACAAUAAAAUGAAAUCUCUGUAUGCAUUUCAGACCAAGACACCUGAGUGUUUGGCUGGUGCUGUGCCAACAGAAUGUGUGUGCCAAGGGCUGGAGAUCUUCUGCGAUGCUGUCAAACUUCGUGCUGUCCCUUCGGUCUCUUCAAACAUAACUAUGAUGUCUCUUCAGAGAAAUCUGCUAAGGAAACUUUCUGCUGACGUUUUCAAGAAAUACCAAGACCUUAAAAAUCUGUAUCUUCAGAAUAAUAAAAUCAGAGCUGUAUCCAAACAUGCUUUCAAAGGUUUAUACAACUUGACAAAACUAUACCUGAGUAACAACAAGUUAACCAAUUUGAAGCCUGGUGUCUUUGAAGAUCUCCAUAAACUUGAAUGGCUGAUAAUUGAAAAUAAUAGAAUAAAUCGGAUCUCUCCAUUAACAUUUUACGGACUCAAAUCACUUAUUCUCCUAGAAAUGAUGAAUAAUUCUCUUGCUCGUUUACCUGACAAACCUCUGUGCCAAUAUAUGCCAAGACUAAACUGGCUAGACCUUGAAGGCAACCAUAUCCAUCAUUUAAGAAAUACCACUUUUUUCUCCUGCAACACUCUAACUGUACUGGUGAUGAGGCGAAAUAAAAUCAGCUCUUUAAAUGAAAACAGUUUUUCUUCUCUCCAGAUGUUAGACGAAUUAGACUUGGCUAGCAACAAGAUUGAAUCACUUCCUCCAUAUAUAUUUAAGGAUCUAAAGGAGCUUUCACAACUGAACCUUUCUUAUAACCCUAUCAAGAAAAUUCAAAUAGACCAGUUUGAUUUUCUAAUUAAACUCAAAUCCCUCAGCUUGGAGGGCAUUGAUAUUGCAAACAUCCAGAGAAGAAUGUUCAGACCCCUUAGAAACCUCUCCCACAUAUAUUUUAAGAAAUUCCAGUACUGUGGAUAUGCCCCUCAUGUGCGCAGCUGUAAGCCUAAUACCGAUGGGAUUUCAUCCCUUGAGAAUCUCUUAGCUAGCAUUAUACAGAGAGUGUUUGUCUGGGUUGUAUCUGCCAUCACUUGCUUUGGAAAUAUUUUUGUUAUCUGUAUGAGGCCUUACAUCAGAUCGGAAAAUAAGCUCCACGCCAUCUCAAUAAUGUCUCUCUGCUGUGCUGACUGUCUGAUGGGAAUAUAUUUAUUUGUGAUUGGAGCUUUUGAUCUUAAAUAUCGUGGAGAAUACAACAAGCACGCUCAGUUGUGGAUGGACAGUAUUCAUUGUCAAUUGGUGGGAUCGCUGGCUAUUCUGUCUACAGAGGUGUCAGUAUUAUUAUUGACUUACCUGACUUUGGAAAAAUACAUCUGCAUAGUUUAUCCUUUUAGGUGUUUGAAGCCCAGAAAAUGCAGGACAAUUUCCAUUUUAGUUCUCAUCUGGAUAAUUGGGUUUGCUGUUGCUUUUAUUCCACUGAGCAAUAAGGAAUUUUUCAGGAACUACUAUGGCACCAAUGGCGUCUGUUUUCCUCUUCACUCAGAGCAAUCAGAAAGUACAGGAAGUCAGAUUUAUUCUGUUGUCAUUUUUUUAGGUGUAAACUUGGCUGCUUUUAUUAUCAUUGUGUUUUCCUAUGGAAGUAUGUUCUACAGUGUUCACCAAACAGCUAUUAUGGCUACUGAAAUUCGGAAUCAUAUCAAAAAAGAGAUGACCCUUGCCAAACGUUUUUUCUUCAUUGUAUUUACUGAUGCACUAUGUUGGAUACCCAUUUUUAUUUUGAAACUCCUUUCUUUACUUCAGGUAGAAAUACCAGGUACCAUAACGUCUUGGGUGGUGAUUUUUAUCUUGCCAAUAAAUAGCGCUUUGAAUCCUCUUCUCUACACUUUGACUACCCGACCUUUCAAGGAAAUGAUUCACCAGGUUUGGUAUAACUACAGACAGAGAAGAUCCAAGAGAGGCAAAGGCAGUCAGAAAACAUACGGCCCGUCAUUCAUUUGGGUAGAGAUGUGGCCAGUGCACGAAAUCACACCAAAGCUAACAAAGCCUGUGCUUUGUACGGACUCCUCUGAUGCAUCUGUGACUACACAGUCAACAAGACUAAAUCUGUACAUGUAAAUACGUUUUGAAUCUUUACGGUGACAUCUGCACUGUUAGCUUCACAUCUGUGGACUUGCUGCUUUACAAUGAUGAGUCAAAAUGAGGGAGGUAUGAUGGCUGGACUCCAUGCACCGGAACACACACCAGGAAGAAGUGAGAGCACUGUGGCUGCUUGCAGGUAGAACCAAUAAAAAUAAAAUUAUUUUCAUCUUGCAACAGUUCCUGACAUUUUGACAGCUCAUCCUGGUUCAGUAUCAAUCUCUUUUUUUUCCCUCCAACAAGACAGAGGUGUGGAAAAAAGCAUGAACUAUCAUUUAAAACAUCUCAUACUGAAAUCAAAAUAUUUCAAAACCAUCUAUCUUUGGAAAAAAAAAAAAAAA